AUGGACUUCGACGCGCAACUCGAGCCAGAUGGAAAGCGCGAGCCCGAUCACAUCGAAUCCGGGGCCAAUGUUCGCAGAGGAACAGGGUACUUCUAUAUGGACGUCAGUUUCGAAUCUCUUGCUACCAUCGCGGGAAAUAAUAUUGAUUCUACUGUGACCGAGGGUUUGCGCGGCGGGGAGAAAAUAGAGGUGACGGACUUAUGGUAA